UCCAAUUCGGCGGCGUACCACAUACGCUCGUUAGAUUGACAAACGGCCAGGGCCUCCGAGGCGGUUUCGGUUCGGUCCAAAUUGCGAUGGCUACGGCUCUGCCGUCUGCCUACAUCUCUCCAUCUCCCUCGCCGCCGGUUGCUGACAGAGGUGGUGUCAUUCUUAUUCCCCUCCGUCGUCGUCUUGAACUCACGCGGUCCUCGCCCGCUUUCUCUUCGAUCUCUACCCUCCAUUUCUCCCCACUUUUUCGAUCUAGGUCUCGAAGGACGGACGCAGCGUCUGCCGCUUGGAGUAGCUUGGAGGAAGUGCAGCUCCUUGGGGAUCAGUUCGAUGACGAUGCGCCCUCGUCGAUCGAGCUUCUGCCAAUCAACAGUGAGGAGCAGUUCGAUCGGAUCAUUGGAGAGGCCCAGCGGCUUGAUGAAUCAUUGAUCAUCCUCUGGAUGGCGAAUUGGUGCAGAAAAUGCAUUUAUUUGAAGCCGAAGUUGGAGAAACUUGCCGCUGAUUACUAUCCGAGAAUCCAUUUCUACAGUGUUGAUGUGAACAGUGUACCUCAGAGGCUUGUUAAUCGUGCUGGAAUCAUAAAGAUGCCGACUAUACAGCUAUGGAAGGAUUCUGAAAAAAAAGCUGAGAUUAUUGGCGGACACAAGGCAUGGUUGGUGGUCAAUGAAAUUCGUCAGAUGAUAGAUGAUGAGAAUCUGUCUGUCCUUUGACCAUGCUAAAAUUGGAGAUAAGCUUUUCUUCUUAUUGAGCAAAUUAUAGUCCAAGCUUAGCACACAUAAAUCCAAUUUUAUGAUUAGGAGGGUAUAAACUGCUUGCACGGUAUAGAGUUUGCUGGACACUAAUGAAAUAAAAUUUAAAUUAAAUUGUCGUAUA